CGACGCGGACCUGAUCUGGGGGCGGCAGAAGGAGAGGGUCUGGGGAAGUUCGGGUUGGGGAUCGGGCGUGUCCCCUAGCUAGAAGCUGAGCGCGCCAGAGCCGGCCGCGGCUGCGCUGCUCUGACCGCUUUGUGGUGGUGGUGGUUUUAUUUUUUAGUAUUUCUAUUUAUUUGCAAGCAGAGAGAGAAGAAAGAAUGCGCGCUCCAGGGCCUCCAGCCGCUGCAAACAAACUCCAGAUGCAUGAGCCACCUUGUGCAUCUGGCUUUAUGGUUGCACUUGUACAAAAGGAGAAUCUAGAGAAAUAGAGCAAGUCACAUAGUUCUGAACACCAUGGCCCAUCAGGGACUGGUGACAUUCAGAGAUGUGACCAUAGAGUUCUCUGAGGAAGAAUGGAUGUGCCUGAAACCUGCCCAGAGAGACUUAUACAAGGAUGUGACUUUGGAGAACUUCAGUCACUUGAUCUCACUGGGACUUGUCUUUUCUAAGCCUAGUGUCAUCUUGUUACUGGAGCAAGGGAAAGAGCCCUGGAUUGUUGCAAAUUAUGUGACAAGAUCAUGGUACCCAGACUUGGGAUCCAGCUGUAAGACAUUUCCACAAAAAGAUAUUAUUGAAGUAGAGUCAUUUAAAUGGGAGGCAGUGGAAAACCUUAACCACCAUGAUCCUGAAGGCUCCAGCUUUAGAGAGGACAGUGAAUGUAGAGUCCAGUUUGAGGGACAGCACACCAGUCAGAAGUGCCAUUUCAAGCAAGUGGAAAUCACGUAUGUGAACAAGGGUGACACGUGUUUCACCUUACAUCAUCAAAGAGGCACUAGCAAGAAAAUGAUCAAAUGUAAUAAGUCCAGAAUUGCAUUUAGCUAUGGCUCACACUUUAUUCAGCAGCAGAAAACUCUUACUGGAGAAGAACCCUUUGAAUGUAAGGAGUGUGGGAAGGCCUUCAGUCCUACCUUGCACCUUGUUCAGCAUCAGAGAACUCAUGCAGGUGAGAAACCUCAUGACUGUCAGGAAUGUGGGAAGGCCUUUGGUCGUACUUCAGACCUUAUUCUCCAUCACAGACUUCACACUGUCAAACCCUAUGCAUGUAGAGAGUGUGGAAGAGCCUUUAGGCAACAGUCACAGCUCACUGUGCAUCAAAGGACACAUACAGGGGAAAAACCCUAUGUAUGUAAAGACUGUGGUAAGGCUUUCAUUCGUGGCUCCCAGCUUACUGUCCAUUGGAGAAUUCAUACAGGUGUUAGACCCUAUCAGUGUAGAGAAUGUGGGAAGGCCUUCAGACAGCAUUCACAGCUUACAGUUCACCAGCGAAUCCACACUGGGGAGAAGCCCUACAAAUGUAAGGACUGUGGAAAGGGCUUUAUCCACAGCUCAGAAGUUACUCGACAUCAAAGAAUUCAUUCUGGGGAAAAACCCUAUGAGUGUAAGGACUGUGGGAAGGCCUUCAGACAGCACGCACAGCUCAGACGACACCAGAGCGUUCAUACAGGAGACAGGCCCUUUGAAUGUAAGGACUGUGGGAAGACCUUUAGUCGUAGUUCAUACCUUAUUCAGCAUCAAAGGAUUCACACAGGUGACAAGCCAUAUGAAUGCAAGGAAUGUGGGAAAGCCUUUAUCCGUGUUUCCCAACUGACUCAUCAUCAUCGGACUCAUUCUUACGAGAAACCCUACAAGUGCAGGGAAUGUGGGAUGGCUUUUAUUCGAAGUUCACAGCUUACUGAGCAUCAGAGAAUUCAUCCUGGGAUCAAACCUUAUGAAUGUAGAGAAUGUGGGCAGGCCUUCAUCCUUGGUGCACAGCUCAUUAACCACUACAGAAUCCAUACUAGCUAGAUAGUCUCCUUCAUCAGGGAGGUGGAGAAAGACUUUUUGUGGAGUUCACACCUGGUGUGGUCUCCCUUAGUGCAAUGUAAUUCAUGUCAGGAAACCUUCAUGUGUCACUUUUGUUACAGAACAUCAGAGAAUUCAAGAAAACUCAAUAAAUAUGGGCAUUCUUUUUGUCUUA